AAAAUAACGACCCUUUUAUCCGUUACGUUCACAUGACAACUCCUGACCAAUCAAAGCAACGAGAAUUAGGCGUUGGCACUGCGUUGGCUAGUGACGUCAGUUGUCGUAUAAAUAGCAACUGUAACUGAAAUUUUCUCAAGUUCGUUUGGAAAGCUGCAUUACUAGCUCAUCUGAACGUCUGUUGAAUUUUAUUUCAUUUGUGGUGAAAAACAUAUAACUUCCUCAAAAUGCGUGAAUGUAUCUCAGUCCAUGUUGGCCAAGCUGGAGUCCAAAUUGGAAAUGCCUGUUGGGAAUUGUACUGCCUGGAACAUGGUAUUCAACCUGAUGGUCAGAUGCCAUCAGACAAAACUGUUGGAGGAGGCGAUGACAGUUUCAACACUUUCUUCAGUGAAACUGGUGCCGGCAAACAUGUUCCAAGAGCUGUUUUCGUAGAUUUGGAACCAACAGUAGUGGAUGAAGUACGUACUGGCACAUACCGCCAAUUGUUCCAUCCAGAACAACUCAUCACUGGUAAAGAAGAUGCUGCCAACAAUUAUGCUAGAGGUCACUAUACAAUUGGUAAAGAAAUAGUUGAUUUGGUUUUGGACAGAAUACGUAAAUUGGCCGAUCAAUGUACUGGACUCCAAGGAUUCUUGAUCUUCCACUCGUUUGGUGGGGGUACUGGUUCUGGAUUCACAUCUUUGUUGAUGGAACGUUUAUCUGUGGACUAUGGCAAAAAAUCAAAACUAGAAUUUGCAAUUUACCCAGCACCACAAGUAUCAACUGCAGUAGUGGAACCCUACAACUCCAUCUUGACCACCCACACCACUCUUGAACAUUCUGACUGUGCCUUUAUGGUUGACAAUGAAGCAAUCUACGACAUCUGCAGACGUAACUUGGACAUCGAGCGCCCCACUUACACCAACUUGAACAGAUUGAUUGGUCAAAUUGUCUCUUCAAUCACUGCUUCUUUGAGAUUUGAUGGUGCCCUUAACGUCGAUUUGACAGAAUUCCAAACUAACUUGGUUCCUUACCCUCGUAUCCAUUUCCCUCUGGUAACAUAUGCCCCAGUCAUCUCUGCGGAAAAAGCCUACCAUGAACAACUUUCUGUAGCUGAAAUUACCAACGCCUGUUUUGAACCAGCUAAUCAAAUGGUUAAAUGUGAUCCAAGACAUGGUAAAUAUAUGGCUUGUUGUAUGUUAUACAGAGGUGAUGUAGUACCAAAGGAUGUUAAUGCUGCUAUUGCUACUAUCAAGACGAAACGUACCAUCCAAUUCGUCGAUUGGUGUCCUACUGGUUUCAAAGUAGGUAUCAACUACCAACCACCUACUGUCGUGCCAGGAGGUGAUUUGGCUAAAGUACAACGUGCUGUGUGCAUGUUGUCCAAUACCACUGCUAUUGCUGAAGCUUGGGCAAGAUUGGACCACAAAUUCGAUCUUAUGUAUGCCAAGAGAGCUUUUGUCCACUGGUACGUUGGUGAGGGUAUGGAAGAAGGUGAAUUUUCAGAAGCUCGUGAAGAUUUGGCUGCACUUGAAAAAGAUUAUGAAGAAGUUGGUAUGGACUCCGGAGAAGGAGAGGGAGAAGGCGCUGAAGAAUAUUAAAAAGCUACACUCUGAACUUGACUUUGAUUUACAACAAAAAAGCUAAAUUUCCUUUUUUAUAUUUCCAUUUUCUAUGUUUUUUUGAAACGAUAAUUCAAGUCUGAUUUAUUUAAUUACAGAUUUUUUUACAAGCAA